AUGAAACCCGAAUGGUCUUUGAGAACCAACCAAAAAUUAGAUAUUUUCGAAACUCAAGGUUGUUUAAUUUAUUCACAACCAACAAUAUCUACUUCACCUGAAAUAUUAAAUACAUCAGGAGAUAAUAUUUCAAUUUUUUGGAAAGGAAUAAAUAAUGCAUCAAUUAAUGAUAUGAUAGCAAUUUAUUAUCCACCAAAUUCAAAUAUUUUAAUGCCAAUUGGAUUUAUAAUGUGUAGUGAUUCAGUUAGUUGGAAAGAGGGUUAUGGAAGUGUAGAGAUACCAUUGGUUAAUGUUAGAGAUACCUAUGUAUUUAGAUUAUGGAUUCAAAAUCAACAACCACAAAUUCAACCAGUCCUUCAAUAUGAUAAUGCUACUCUAUCAUUGGUGGCUACUAGUAAUAAUGUUACUUUUCAAAAUCCAUUUGAACCAACCAAAGUCUAUACAUCGUUGACAAACUCGUCUAGUGAAAUUAGAAUCAUGUGGAUUUCUGGUACAAAUGAUCAACCAUUUGUACAAUAUGGUCUUUCACCAAGUCAAUUAUACUAUACAUCUACUGGUACAAGUGUAACUUAUACAAUCGAUCAAAUGUGUGCUGCGCCAGCCAAUGAUCCAAACAAUUGGAGAGAUCCUGGUUACUUUCAAGAUGUAGUCAUUGAUAACUUGACACCUUCAACAACUUAUUAUUAUCGUGUUGGUAGUAAAAAUAGUGGCAUGUCUGUUCAAACCUAUCAAUUAGUUUCACCACCAAAAAUUGGAACUGAAGCAUAUGUAGUAGCCUUUGGAGAUUUGGGUGUUGAAACUGAAUUUAUUGCCAAUUUUGAUAAUCAACCAUCAUCUAUUGAAACUAUUGCCAAUAUCAAUACAAUCAUCAAAACACCUUUGGAACAAAGUCAGCUGUUUAAAAAAUUGGGUCGUCCUCUAUACCAAGAUGGUUUAAUGUCUGGAUCUGAUUUUAGAGAAAAUGAAACAAUGGUACCAUGGGCAAUUCAUCAUAUUGGUGAUAUUAGUUAUGCUAGAGGUGUAGCAGUAGUUUGGGAUUAUUUCCAAGACAUGAUGGAAGAUGUAACGAGUUAUGCAUCUUAUCAGGUGGCAGUUGGUAAUCACGAUUACGAUUUCAUUGGUCAACCAUUUAAACCAAGUUGGUCAGAUUAUGGUGCCGAUAGUGGUGGUGAAUGUGGUAUUCCCUAUGCCACUAGAUAUCACAUGCCAGGUGCUGAAAAUCAAACCUAUCGAAAUGAUUGGUAUAGUUACAAUUAUGGUCCAAUCCAUUUCGUUGUCAUGUCUUCUGAACACGAUUUCCUCUUUGGUAGCCCACAAUAUGAAUGGAUUGUUCAAGAUUUGCAAUCUGUAGAUCGUAUGGUAACUCCUUGGAUUGUAUUCUCUGGUCAUCGUCCAAUGUAUGCUUCUGAAUUAUUAGGUAUCGCUGCUCCAAUGUAUGAUAACCUUCGUGAAACUUAUGAACCAUUAUUAAUUAAAUAUAAUGUUAAUUUGGUUUUAACUGGUCAUAUUCAUGCUUAUGAAAGAAUUUGUGGAAUAAAUAAUUUUACAUGUGCAUCAAGUGAUAAUGAUGCACCAGUACAUGUAUUGAUUGGAAUGGCAGGAUGUAGUUGGUUAGGAUUAUGGACAGAUAAUCCAUUUAAACCACUUGUUGGAGGUGUAGGUGAACAACCUCAACCAGAAUGGUCAAUCUUUAGAACUACCAACUAUGGUUACACUAGAUUCUAUGCAAAUCAAACUGAUCUCUUAUUUGAAUAUGUUGGUAAUCAUCGUAAUCUUGUUCAUGAUUCUUUUUGGUUAAAAAAUAAUUAUUACAAUUAA